AACCCUGGUGAUCUCUCUCUCUCUCUCUCGCGCGCGCGCGCGCGCCAAAACGCUCGUUUUUAUCCAAAGCGCUCUGUUUUGAAUUUCCUACUGUUGCAGCUCGAGAUUGUUUUCCUUUCUUUCUUCCUAUGCUGAAUAUCGAUUGCUCUGAGAAUCCUAGAUGAUUUUGAAAUUGAUGUUGCUACAGACGGUAUGGAAUCGGAUGCUGAAAACCCACGUCUUAAAUCCCUAUAGAAUUCACCAUUUCCGAGGGAUUCUAUUGUGGCAGGAAGACCCAUUUCAAGUUUCCCAUACGCUUCUAUCUUUGCAGAUGUUACUAAGUAGAAUGCUCAAAAAUCAUUCUACAGCUCACGACCUUCAACAAAUUCCGAGACCCAUCUCAUUUCUAGCGUCUCUCUUGCUCUGUUGGAAGCGGCUGCUUUGAGAAUCGCAGAUGAUAUUGAGAUGGAGAUUGUUGCGGGGAAUAUCAAACCGAAUGGUCAAGAACUCAUGUUCAAGAUCGCUUUUUAACUCAUCAUUUCCGUCUGAAUCCACUACUGAGAAAACCCGAAAAGAUUGUAGCACAAGAAACAAUUCCGGAUUUUCCACAAGGCGAUUCAGCCUUUCCCCUCAGAUUGUAGACUUGACUUUAUCACGCUGCCCUUCGGAUAUUGUUUCGUUGAGCUUUUUCUUGUGGUGUGCCCGCCAGCCGAAUUAUUUCCACGGCCCCCAAUCUUUUGAUCUCAUGGUUCCUGUCGUCAGCAGGCUUAUGGAUCGGUUUGAAUCCGUGAGGGGUGUUGUUGGGGAAUUGGAGAGCAUUGGAUGUUGCAGAAAGGCGCAAGCUUUCUUGGUUUUGUUGAGAAUCUUUUGGCGCGGGGGUAUGUAUGGAUUGGCACUUGAGGCUUUCGACGGGAUGGGUAGUUUUGGUUAUGUCCCUAAUACGUUUGCUCGGAACAUAGUCAUUGACAUUUUGUUCAAGAUCGGCCGUGUCGAUUUGGCAUUGACGGUUUUGAGACAGACCCAGUUCCCGAAUUUCUUGACAUUUAAUACAGCAAUUUGCAAUCUUUGCAAGCUGAAUGAUCGGUUGGGUGUCCAGGAUGUUCUGAGACUCAUGAUGAGAGAUGGAUUUUCCCCUAAUAUUGGGACCUUUUCAAUGGUCAUGAAUUGUUUCUGCAAGGCUGGGUGUUUGUCAGAAUCUUUGCAAGUAUUGGGUUUGAUGAUUACUUCAGGGAUUCAACUUUCUGUCACGAUUUGGAGUAUAUUGAUUGAUGGGUUCUGUAGGGCUGGUAAAGUCGGUUUAGUGAAUCAGUUGUUGAGAACUAUGAUUGAUAGCGGGUGCCCUCCUAACGUUGUAAUAUAUACUUCUUUGAUUAAAGGAUUUUUUGAGGCACGGAUGUUUAGUCAAGCAUUUGGUAUAUUGAAUAACAUGGAAUCUGAAGGGUGCCGUCCUGACUUGAUGCUUUUCAAUGUCUUAAUUGACUGUCUUUGUAAGGUUGGGAUGUAUGACAAGGCAAUUGAGUUCUUCCUUGGUUUGCCUGAGAGAAAUCUAAGACCGGAUUCAUAUACCUUCAAUUCUCUACUGUCCGCCAUAUGUUCAUCUGGGAAAUUCAGGUUGUUGCCUGGAUUAGUUAGAGGAUUAGGUGUAACAGCUGAUCUUAUGGUUUGCAAUUCCAUCCUGAAUGCCUUCUGCAAGGCUGGCUUCCCUUUCGAAGUUGUGGCAUUCUACAACGAUAUGGUUGAUAGAGGGUUUACACCAGAUAAAUAUAGCUAUGCCGGAUUGCUAAAUGGACUUUGCAGAGCUGGACGAGUUGAUGAUGCAGUAAAUGUUUACCGCGGGAUUAUUGUGAACGGUUCUGGUUUAGAUGCUCAUGUGCACACAGUGGUCUUCGAUGGGCUCAUAAAGGCUGGUAAGUUCCAUAGAGCCAUUGAGUUAUUUAGGAAGGUCGUUGCUGAAAAUCACUCAGUAGAUGCCAUUACAUACAAUGUGGCUAUCAGUGGACUUUUCAGGGGUGGUAGAUUUGAAGAGGCUUGUAGUUUGUUUAGCCAAAUGAAGGAAUCUGGUUUGUUUCCGAAUAUUUGUACCUACAAUGUCAUGCUACGAGGCCUCUCUAAGGCAAGAGAUAUGAACGCAGUUAAGUGGUUGCUCACGGAUAUGGCCAGUUCAGGUAUUCAACCAGACUCCACCACAUACAAUACAAUGAUUGGUUUCUUGUCUAGGGCAUUUCGUGUCCGUUCAGCUUUUCAUCUAUUUAUUGAAAUGUGCAAUUUGGGGUUGAAGCCGAAUAAGGCUGCUUAUUUGUUAUUGGUUGAAGGUCUAUUCCGAGCUGGGGAAGUUGAUGAUGCAUGUCUAUUGUUGAAAUAUUAUUUGGAGGAUGUUGUAUGUUUACACAGUGCAGGCUCCAAGCUACCUGAUAUGCUUCUCCCAUUUGCUGAAACUAUGGGAGGAUUCGGUAGGUUGAGCGGGAAGCCAUCGAAAAAUACUUCUGAGCUUGAAGAGAAGAAUAGGGAAUCAGUAUAAUGCUUGUAAGCUCUGGAAGCAAUCACCGGAAGUUGGGUCCAAUUUUAUACAUAGAAGAAGCUGCUUCCAUGGGAUGAAUGCCAAGAGCCUGACAAAGAUUGGAGCACGGAGUGAGCAGUUCAAUAUGUACAUGCGACUGGAUGUAAACAUAGAGCUGUGUCUUCUUAAUGUGAGGGAGAAAUUCGUGAUGGUGUUAGCUCCUAUGCAAGCUUGGAUGGAGCUCCUGAUAGUGGUUAUUC